AUUUCAACAAGUUAUGUUUUUUUUGUUUAAAUACAUCAUUAUGUUUAUUAGUCGCAUCACCUCUUCAGGUGCGUUUAUCUUAAGUUUACGACCUUUCGCUCUACAUGUCACAAAAAAGUACUUUCAGCAGCGUAGUGGCUGGAAAUAUGCAUCGGAAUGAAUGGACAUUAUUUAGAUGUUGAUUCCUGAACGACUAACAUCUAAAUGGCGAUCACUCAAUAUUUAUCGUCAGGAUCGAUCAAAAAAUAAGAAACGGAAACUUUUGAAAAUACUUUGUGUUGAAAGUUCUAUAUUGCGCCUUUGGGUCUCACGGCGAAUGCCUAACAUUAAAAUCACUGAGUUGGCAACCGAUGGAUUACAUUCCUACCUUGGAUAAAUUUGUGGUGUUUCACAGCUAUCUCAAUAGGUAAGAUAAAAUAUACAGAAGAAGUUUAUGAAGCCUGUAUGGAAGCAUUCGAUUGUUUACCGUUGGCAGCUUUGAUGAAUCAACAGUUUUUGUGCGUUCAUGGUGGUCUUUCUCCGGAAAUUCAUACUUUGGAUGAUAUACGUCGUAUUGAUCGAUACAGAGAGCCUCCUGCGUUUGGUUCAAUGUGUGACCUUUUAUGGUCUGAUCCGUUGGAAGAUUUUGGGAGUGAAAAAUCAUUAGAUCAUUUCUCUCAUAAUUGUGUUAGAGGUUGUUCUUUCUUUUUCAGUUAUGAUGCUUGCUGUGAUUUCCUACAGACUAACAGUCUUCUCUCUAUAAUACGUGCACAUGAAGCUCAAGAUGCUGGUUAUCGUAUGUAUCGAAAAAAUCAAGCCACUAAUUUUCCUUCACUCAUCACCAUAUUUAGUGCUCCUAAUUAUCUUGAUGUGUAUAACAACAAAGCUGCCAUACUUAAAUAUGAAAAUAAUACAAUGAAUAUACGACAAUUUAAUUGUUCACCUCAUCCUUAUUGGCUUCCAAACUUUAUGGAUGUAUUCACUUGGUCUUUACCGUUUGUCGGUGAAAAAGUCACAGAAAUGCUUAUGAAUGUGUUAAGUAUAUGUUCUGAUGAUGAAUUAAUGAAGGAAGGUGAUGACACAUUUGAAGGUGGCACUGUUGCUGCUCGUAAAGAAGUGAUUCGUAAUAAAAUACGUGCAAUCGGUAAAAUGGCUCGUACUUUCACAGUGCUAAGAGAAGAAAGUGAGUCUGUAUUUGAACUGAAAGGCUUGACACCAAAUGGGAUGUUACCAUUAGGUGCACUGUCUGGAGGAAAAGAAUCAUUAAAUAAAGCACUUUCUGGUGUUUCACCCAGAAAUAAAAUCAUCUCUUUUGAGCAAGCGAAAGCAUAUGAUCAGAUUAAUGAACGUAUGCCUCCUAGAAGAGAUAGUUCAGCAUCAACUAGCACUGGUACUUCCGUUCGAACGUUUGGUUCCACAUCUCGUCAAAGCGACAGAAGACCAGCACCUAACCCACCUACUGUCACUCCUAACACUGUAGAUUCCACUCAAAUCUCCAGCUAUCGGCGUGUCAGCGCGAAAAGCAAUACUAGCCGAACAACUGCGGAUGAAAAUGACACACAUCGUUCAUCAAGUUCUGGUGGUCUCCGGAAUAGUAAUGGUGAGACUGACAUAGAUUCCGUAACAAAAUCGACACAUGCUACAUUAAAUUCGUAUCCAUCAAUCUCACCUAAUAUUCGAGAUACAAAUCCUCGAAUACCGGCUACUAGCUCUGAUAAUUCCACUAAAAAGUAAUUGUUUUUAUUUCAUUUUGCUUUCAGUUCAAGUCGUAUUUAAGUUUACUCCCCCCCAAAAACCGUUUUCAUCCAGAACAUUUAAAUUUCAAGUCACACACAAUGUUUUUUCCAUUAUUUAGAACAAAAUUUGACCAUCUGCCUUUUAGUUUUGUCCGCUUAUCGUUUUCCUGUUUUUCCUCGUUCCCUCUGAAUUUCCAUCACUGAUUACUGUUAAUUUGCCAGAUUUAUUUCACGUUAUUUUUCUCUACAAUUGUCUUUCUUUUCAAAUCCCUCUGUUUGUUGUUUACCUGCUUGUAUUAAAGUUAUUGUUCACAAAGUUGUCAUGUUUUUUUUAAAUGCUCGAUUGUGUCUAAAGAAAAUCUGUAAAAUACGAUUUGAAUGUGACAGGGAAUAUAGUAAAGAAACUGUUAUGAAUUCCUUAUUUCUUGUAAUAAUAUUCAGCUUACAUAUACAUCAUCCAAAAUGUAAAAACGAAGGCGAAAAAUAUUGAAUAUUACACUUUACUACUGAAUUUGCUCACACAUAUACUUGCUGUUCAAUUUUUCUUGGGGUGCAUGCGAAAGAUUUACAAUAAUUUUACCCCCACUAGUGUGUAUAUAAUGAUAAACUUGAAAAGUACACUAUCGCUUUUGUUGAUAGACAUGCUUCCCUACGUCAUAUUCGUUGUUGUUUCUACCUAUCCAGUUCUGUUUCGUCCUCAAUUUAGUCACUUAAAUGAUUUAUUGUGUACACAUACUAUGUUGAUACUCGAAAGGUUGUUUUCUUGAAUAACAGAAACCAGUUUAGUCUAAUAAUAUUGGAAGGAAGUGGAGUUUCGUUCUUCUUCUUCUUCUUCUUCUUCUUCUUCUUCUUCUUCUUCUUCUUCUUCUUCUUCUUCUUCUUCUUCUUCUUCUUCUUCUUCUUCUUCUUCUAGUCUUUUCAUCCUCCUGUGUAUUUAUGUUUUUUUAAACAAUAGCUGCUGGUUCAUCCUUUGUAUUUCCUCUGGUUUGUCCGCUUUUUUGUGCUUUCUGAACUGAACUUUUCUUUUAAUGUAUGUUGCACUGUGGAGAGUUUAUUGUGUUUUUUAAUCUUCAUAUCUGUUCAUCGGUGUAACUAGAUGUGUAAUGUAAGCGAUGUUUCUUGUUGGAUAUUAAAUUGUUUUCAUAGUUCACACUCUGGAUAUAUAUUUUAUGUGUCUGAUCUUGCUUAUACAAUGUUAAUAAUAAUGAUAAUAGUAAUAUUAUUAUUACUAAGCGCAACGUAAUGACAAUAAUUUUUUCUGUGUAUUUUGAUUAAAUAUAUAGUGAUGUUAUUUUUCCUCCGUUUACCAAAUCUUCUAAUUUCUCUUUUUAUCCUAUUCACACUGUUGAUAUCAUGAAGAUUAUGUACCCCGAUUAUUUUACCUGUUAGUUUUUGUGUGCUUUUCCACUAGAAUGAUCUCUCUCACUGUAGUCAUCGAUAAGAUCAAUAAGUAAUCCCUGUGUAGGUGCAUGUAUGGAUUGGUUUUCCUCCUCCUUCCUUCUUCUUUAAGUUGUUCUUUGUUGAUUUCACUUUAUUCUCUGGUUAUUAUUGUUUUUAUUGGUUUACGUUGCGUCUCCUUCUUUAGUUAACUCAUUGUCGUUUAUUUUUUACAAGCAAACGUAUAAAAUGAGCUUGUGAAUUUUCGUUUUUCAUACAAAACUGAUAAUCAGUUAUAACGUCUUGUUGAAUACAGAGAGUAAGCAACACGUCGCUUUACAUGAUGAUAUAAAGAUUGAACUCAAUCACUGGUUUUGUUGUUCAUCGUAUUUGUAUGCUAAUACGCUUUUUUCGUUUUGUUCUCUUUUGUGGUUGUUAGAAUUGAUGUUAUUAUUCAUUUAAUUUUCUACUUUUACAAGUUCGAUUCAUUAAAACAAUAGAGCAACUCGUUUAGCGAUAAAUAGAGACUUUAUUUCAAAUUUCUUACUUCUCUUCUCAGAAAAAGAAAACAUCAGUUAAGAUUUACUUUGUUUGUAUUUUCUAUUUUUUACAUUUUUUUGUGUGGGCGAAUUUUCCGUUUUUUUUCUUACAAUACAAUAUAACAUAAACGGACCAUAAAAAUUAUCUAACAGACGGAAUAACAUCUUCGGUAUUUACUACAUGUGUUUACCCACUUUUUAGAAUUUUUCGUAUGCUAAUUCAUUUCGAUUCUUCCUAUCGGUCUACUUAGAUGCACUAUCUACUCGUCUAUCUGUUUUGUAGACAAUAAAGUUCUUCAAGAGUAUUAACUAAGUUUCAGUGUAUUCCCUACUACGAAACACAGUGAUUUCUUCAGUGUUAUUCACCACUUCAUGAUAUUCUAAAUUUACUAUGCUUCGUUUUUUUCCCUCUCCUCACCUUUUUUUUAUUAUCACAUUGUACUGUCUCAAUUUUAUGAACCAAGUAAAUAGUUUUAUUCUUAAGUGUAUUUUUCCUAUAAAUAAUCAAAAAUUCUAGAAAACAGAACUUCAUGUGAAGAUUAAGAUAAAAGAAAAAUCAAACUUUCCAUUUAUCGAUUGUUGAUAUUUGUUACCGAAAUCGGUGAUAAUGCAGAGUAAAACAAAUAGUAUCAAACUAAUCUUAUACAUUUUAAUGUAUACGUGUAUUAGUUUGUUCACGUCUAUUCCUUAAUGAAAAUGUUAAUGAAUUAUCAAGUUUAAUAAAUGGAAAUACGUCAUUUUCCCUUUUAUUCCAAUUGUUUAUUUAAUAAUAUUGUUAUGUUAUGAUUACUCCCUCUUCCUCAUUCUGUAUUCAUUAUUCCUUUCUCUUUCGUACAUCCAUUAAUUUAUUUAUGAUAUCGUGAAUCAAUAUAUAAGUAUGAUUGCGUCAAGAAAAUACAUUUUAAUGGAUGAUCAAUUAGAUCAAGAGUGAAACAGACAUUGUUUCUCAUUUCACUUAACUAACAAAUAGUGUUUGUGCUUAUUUCCUUUCAUUUGAUUCAUUUUAAUAAAUAAUCAGAAAAAUAAAUAAUAACAGCUGAAAAUGAAUUUAAACAGAUAUACUUUUAUCUAAGUUGCCUUUUUUUGCUAUUUUGCAUUGUGAACUCCUUGUUUAAUUUUUUUUAGUGUGUGUUUCCUCCUUCCAUUUUUGCUUGUUUAUUUUCGUCGCCUGCAUAUACACGUGCAUGUGAUCGACUUCCGACUUAUGGUUUCGGUGACAUUGUCUCAUUAUUUGACUCGUUGAUCUUAUUUUCAGAAUUUACGAUUGUACAUUAUUUGCUUUUCCUGAUGAAUGACCUAGUCUUUCUAUUUUAAAGGCAACUAAAAAUGAAGGAAGUUCUGACAAAUACUUCUUGUGUUUUGAAUAAAGUUCACUAUCAUAUAUGUUUACAUUAUGAAAAGUUGUCUGCAAUUCUUUUUCCUUAGUAUUUCUGUAUUUUUUUCCUAUUCACAACACAUACAAUGAUGAUUCUAAUCAGUUUGUUUUAUUUUAAUUUUUAACUUGUUUUCCUAUUUUUCAUAAAUGUUCUCUGGUGUGUGUGUGUAUGUUUAUGACGUUCUUGUAAUUUUUACUGUCAUUAUAAUUGCUACCAUCAUUAUUAGCACUAAUAUGACACAUUUGCUGAUGACGAUAUGGACUGCUACUACUAAUUGAUACAUCAGGCUCUAAUUUUGUUCUGCGAUAUGGUGUUAAUAAACUGUGGAUUUGUGACUUAUUUUUUACUAUUUUCAAUGUUACUUGAGAUGGUUAUAUAUAAAUAUACUUACUGGUCUUCUGCUAAUGACACGCCUAAUGAUAAACAGACUUAAUAUUCAGUUUUUUGUGUUUGUGCGUUUCAUUUAACUGAAACUAUCUGAUUUUCUCUGAGGAAUAGCUUAUGAAAUUUAUUUACAAAUAUAUUUCAUUUAGACUACCGUAA